AGAGUUUGAUAAGUUCAUUGAAAGUAAUGAUAAGACCGACCCGAAGAUCUUUAAAAAUUCUGAAUAAAAAAGGAAAGUGACAAUUGGCACAAACAAACUGAUAGCGAAAGGUUAAAAUAACAAUGAAAAAUCAGGUAAAUUUAUUACAAUGCCAAGUUGGAGCUCUUAUUCUAUGAGAGAAGCAUGAACACGGCCCUGGUCGGACCGGAAGUAUCAGAGAUGAAUCUACAACAAUUACCGGUACCUUUAUUUGGUCGCGGAAACGUGUCCCACACAGAAUCCAAUGUCUCUGUAAAUUCAUCUGCAGGACUGCAAGAAUCCUAUAGUCUGAGACUGACUUAUGACAUCACAAUCACGUGUACACUGGUCGUCAUUAUUCUCGGCAUGGGCUGUGGAGUCACCCCGGAUCUCAUCAAAAUCCACUUUAAGCGACCUACGGGGAUCGCCAUUGGUCUGCUAUCCCAGAUUAUCAUACUCCCCUUUCUAUCUUUCGCUCUGGCCCAUUCUUUGGGUUUUGAGACGAUCCCUGCCGUGGGGAUGCUGGUAAUGGCGGUGUCCCCGUGUGGGAUGAUGUCGAGUGUUUUCUCCUAUUGGGUGGACGGCGAUGUGCCGCUCAGUUUCACGAUUUCCACUCUAUCCACUCUCUUGGCUUUUGGCACCAUCCCCCUAAACCUUCUUAUCUACAGUGGUAGUUGGACAGACGAGGAGUUCGUUAUUCCAUACAGGAGUAUCCUGAUAGUGGUCGGAAUAACCAUCACACCUCUAGUUCUGGGGGUCGGGAUCCGAUGGAAGUUCUCCAAAGCUGCGUCAAUUAUUUUAAAGAUUGGUAGCAUUGCUGGAAUCAUCCUUGUUGCACUGUCGUUAAUUUUGCUGAGCUUGCUAUAUCCAUUCAUGUAUUCGGCUUCGUGGAAGAUCUAUGUGGCCGCCGUAUCGUACCCCUACAUCAGUUUCAUGUUUGGGUACGUCGUCUCCACGCUAUUCAGAAUGGACAACUUUCAACGGCGAACCGUCGCCUUAGAGACCGGUAUGCAAAACUAUGCAGUGUGUUUCGCCAUUUUAGAAUCCUCGUUCUCGGCAGAGAAAUUCAGUGUAAUGUCUAUAUUUCCUCUUUUGUAUGGAGUCAAUGUUCUGAUAGCAGGCAUUGUGUUUGUUGGCUUUUACCAAAUAUUGAAGAAAUACGGACCAGAACCGAUAAAAACAUAUACUCCAAAUGAAGCGAGAUUGCAAAGGGAAAUAAAAGAUACUCAAAUGACUGAAGCGUUCCUUGAGGUCCGUGUAACAGACAAUGAGGGAAAAGAGGAAUUUUGUAAUACUUGAAGUGUAUUGUGUAAUAAUUGCAAUCUAUGUUCAGUAUAGCCUUGAAAUAUAAUCUGUAUAAUUAUCUGUUUAUUUGAAUUAAAUUAAUGAAAUCGUAAAGUCAAA